UUCUUUCUACUCUUUGGUAUUUUAGAACAUUUAAAUAAGAACAUCACUUAUGUCAUUAAUUUUUAUUGUCAAAGAAAAGUCUAUAUAAUACAUGCAUAUAUUUAUUACAAAUUGAGUUUAUUUUAUUGGCGACGAAAUGGACGCCGAACAAUUCGCUCAGUUCCUGAGCAUACAGCAAGCACAGCAGGAACAAAUCUUAAAAAUAUUAAGUAUGGCACUUACACAUACAGCAACACGGACGGAAGCAGGUACCUCACAAGCAGAUAGCAGCGUGACGAGCGCUAACACUACUGCACAAGGACAGCCUAACAAGGUCGCUAUUCUAAAAGCUUUUAAUAUGGACAAAUUUAACCCCGACAAUUACAGGGUGAGUGACUACAUCGAUUUUUUUGAAGCCAAGUGCUCAAUACACGCAGUAGACACAAAUGAUAGUCUGAAGAAAGACCUAUUACUUAACUGUAUGACACCUGACCUUUUCAGGGAACUGAAGACAGCACUUACCCCCAACUUUGAAACCAGCACAUACACCGACAUUCGUACAAAACUCUUAGACUUAUACCGCGUCAAGAAAACGCGAUACCGCGCACUCAUAGAAUUUUGGAGUUGUAUUAGAGAAAAUGAUGAGUCCAUAGAACAUUACACAAACCGUCUUAAAGCGUUGAGCAUAGAUUGCGGUUACGACGACAAACUACUAGAGCGCCAGCUUCGUGAUCGCUUUGCGACAGGCCUUAAUCACACGGAACUCGAAACAGAUCUGAAACAAAAGUGGCCUAACUUAACAGAAAUAAUUAAUGGACAGACGACCGAGGUGACAUUCGCCACAUUAUUUUCAAUCGCACAAUCACGAGAACAAGCCGAAAACGACACGCCAUCAACAAACGUUAAAAGAAUAAGCAAGAAAGCUAACCAUAAAGCUGACAAACAAGAAGCUACGAAUUACAGAAGCCCCCGAAAGAUACGUUCCAGUCAAUGUCUACGUUGCGGCAAGCACGAUAAACAUAAUUUAACAAAUUGUCCAGCAAGGAAACACAUAUGCGAAGAAUGCAGCACAGAAGGACACUACGAAAGCUGCUGUAUUAAAACUGGCCGAGCAUACCUAAUCAAAGGCAGACCUAAAGUACCCGGGUACAAAACACAACGUGUAACGAACACCACAGGAUCGUCUUCUAACACGAAUGACGAUUCUUCAGACGACAGUGACAUUGAAGACGAUCUAGUAUGCAACGUCGCUCCAGCACGAAACAGAGACUGUAAGAGAAUAGAUGUUAUUAUUAACGGAAAACACUGUACUAUGGACUGGGACCCGGGAUCAGCGUACUCAAUCAUAAGCACAUCCCUUUGGCGGCAAAUAGGUGCUCCAACAUUAACGAAAGCUCCUAAAUUAAAAGCGUACCAUAACUUCAAACUCAAAUCAGAGGGUCUCACCGACGUCACGGUGGAAGUCGAGGGGAAACAGAAGAUUGUUCCCGUAGUUGUCAUGAAACACGCAGAUCCGAUGCUUUUUGGGUUACAAUGGAGUGAGACCUUCGGAAUGGAGUUCCCCAAACCUGUAUACUCCAUUAAAAACGUAACGCCGACGACUCUACAACAAGUAAUUGACAGAUACAAACCACUUUUCGACGGGAAGCUUGGCAAAGUUGAGGACUACCUUGUAAACAUUCACAUAAAGCCAGGAGCAGUACCUGUACAUCUACCUGCACGACCUAUCAAGUUUGGGAUAAAAAAAAAUAUUGAAAAAGAAAUAGCGCGCCUUGUGGCAGAUAACAUUAUACAUCCCGUAGACCCUAACGUGACACCAGUAGAGUGGGCGACACCCACAGUAAACGUCGUAAAACCGAACGGUGAUAUAAGAAUCUGUGGAGACUUCAGAAGUACGUUAAACCCUGUUUUGAUUAAACAUUUACACCCAGUUCCACUUUUCGAUCAACUACGACAAAAAUUAGCACGAGGGAAAAUAUUUUCAAAAAUAGACCUUAAGGACGCCUAUCUGCAAUUUGAAAUAGCACCGGAAUCAAAAAAAUACCUAACACUAUCGACACAUCUAGGAUAUUUUAGGUAUAAUAGAAUGCCUUUUGGAAUAUCAACAGCGCCCUCCAUAUUUCAACAUUACUUAGACGAAUUACUAAGGGACAUUCCUAACACAGCAGUGUAUUUUGAUGACGUUGCAAUAGCCGGAGAAGACGUGAAGGAACACCUACGCACACUUGGCGUCAUCUUUGAGCGACUACAGAAAGCAGGCCUAAAAGUAAAUCUACAAAAAUGUUCAUUUCUACAAAAUCAAAUAGAAUAUCUUGGCCACUCUAUAGACAAAAACGGUAUACGCCCGACAAAACAGAAACUAGAAGCAAUUUCCAAAGCUGCGACACCUACCAACGCUAAAGAAUUAAGAUCAUUUCUGGGUCUUGUAAAUUUCUAUGAACGUUUUAUACCACAUUUACACGGAAUAUGCGCUGACCUUCAUGAACUUACUGGUAAUAGGCAACCGUGGCGUUGGACAGAACAUGAAAAUCAGAUAUUCGAAGCCACUAAACAAUGCAUUACCUUAUCAAAACCACUGACUGCGUUUGACGAAGACAGAUCAAUCUUUCUAGCAUGUGACGCUUCAGAGAAAGGCGUGGGAGCCGUGUUGUAUCACAAGAAUGGGAACACAGAACAACCCAUAGCUUUUGCCUCAAGGAAACUUCGAACAGCGGAGACGAAAUACUCAGUCAUUGAUCGCGAAGCACUCGCCAUUUUGUUUGGAAUCAAGAAAUUCGACCAAUAGUU